UCUCUCCUCAGUGUGCCAUCAGCCAGCGGAGCGCUCGCAGCACAGCCGUGCGGACGGACGCAUAUUACGCACGGUCACGGCGUCUGUCACAGUGAGAGGAGCUCCGGAUCUUUACUGGAUUUCACGCGAGUUUCGGUGGAUGGACGGAACGGAACAGGUGAAGUGAGGACAAGGACAAGAUCGGCAUCUGGCCAUCUGUCCUUCAGCGGAUCAAGUGCCCUGGUGCCGGCCACCCUCAAGUCCGCUCAACCACGACGGCGUCAAACAAAAACCUCAGUGAAAGGCAAAUAUUUGAAGCCAUUAUAUCUCAUUUUUGAGGAGAAGUUGUCGCCACAAAACCAACACGGACGGGUGCCUAUGGGGGAGGAAAAGUAACCCAUUCAAAGAGCACCCUGCCUGCUAUUUUUGAAGCGCUGUGGGCUAGGAGCAUCUCAUUUGGGAGAGCUCUGGCCGACAAAAAAAGGACUUCCCUGUGCCUCCCUGCUUAGUCAAAUGCUUGCCUAAAUACUGGAUAGAGAUAUCAAUUUGUCUGCAGACUUGGUUUGCCCAACAAAGACUGCAAACUAUCUUGGGAGGUUUUUACAACAAACUGUCUGCCUGUGGUCUCCUGAAUUGCUACCCAACCAUUACUCUUUUGAGAAAGAUAUGUGAGAACAUGCAAUGAGUGGCUGGAGUUUACUACACUUUUGAGUUUUGAAGUGGACCAAGUACGGUGCCGUGGGGGACACCAGAAGCAGUUUACCAUCUCUGAUCUUGAGCUUUUAAUGUCCUUCCUUGCUUUGUAGAUCACCAUGAAACCGCUAACACCAAUCGGCUCCCCUUCCCCUCUGAGGCUCCUCAACAAGGGCCCGGACUAUCUGCGCAGACAGAUAGACGGAGGAAGCCACGGGCGUUCCAUUAGUGCCGUGGAGAGGCUGGAGGCAGACAAAGCUAAAUAUGUCAAGAGCCAGCAGGUAAUCAACACCAAGCAGGAGCCCGUGCUGGUCCCAUGUGCCACCCCACCACCCCGGCGAGCUGGGGUUAGCCCUGGGAACAUAACACCUCACCUCCCUCCACGCCGCUCCUCCAACACAGCCUUCUCCACCCUGUCAGACUCUGUCGCCUCCAAAGAUGAAAACGAAAAUUACGACUCCAGAAAAGAGAACAAAAGAACUUCAGUUGAUGUGGAGGCGAACAACAGGAGCAAUGUGAACAAUGUUUUGCCUCCAAGUCCUAGAACACCUGCUAUUCACAGCCUGGUGGCCCCACAUAGUGCGCCGGUGGUUAGGAGAAGUACUGGCAAACGUAUGCUGAGGCCAGACUCACUUGUCAUCUACCGACAGAAGAAAGAGUGCAAAAGUCCAAGUAGUUCUGGACCAGGAGAGAACAAUAUCUCUGAAAUCAGGGGUUAUAGCUUUGUCCGACGCCUCUUCCAAGGAUCUAUGAGGGAGAAAAGCAGUGGAGGAGACAGUAGAAUCCAAAAAAUGGUGAUUGGUGAGGAGAGGGCCUCUUCACGGGAUGGAGAUUCCCGAAUGUCAUGGACCAAUGAGAAAGACACUGUAGAUAGUGGACCAGAAAGUAGACGGUCUAGCAAAAUGGAUCACGAUCGCUCUCCUGGGUCACUACCAAGCCCAGGUUUCAGCACAUUAGAAAAGACUGAAGUUAUAAAUGGUACCAAUGACAACAUUACUAAUGGCAUCCACUCAAGUAACCAAGAUGAAAAUGAUCCAUGGAAACGAGCAUCUCCACCAGUUCACAGAAGGCAACUGGGAGAUCUGCGUCGUUCAAAGUCAGAUCUCCAGAUCCGCAGCUCAGUGGCAUUGUCAGAACCGGAGCAUUUCUUUGCUUUCUGUGGCUUGGAUAUGGAAAUGAUUGAGUGUUUGGGAAGAGAGAACUUCCUGUCUGGUGCCAGCUCCAUAGACACUCUGUCACUGGCCCUGCGGAGCGUAGUGGAGGGCUGUGGUGGCUCAGAGCCGAGUGAAUUCUCCCGCCACUCUGGAGAUGGAUUGUUUGAGGAAGAGCUGGUGGAGACACUUCCAACUGGUGUGUCCAUUAUUGAGAGAAACGCUCGAGUCAUUAAGUGGCUUUAUGGAUGUAAGAACGCUGCUCGUGAGGGACCCAAAGAGUCAACUGUUUAAUGUUGUUAGGGAGUGCAUAGUCUGCACAAAUGAUAAGCAAGAAUCAUCUGAGACUGUUUCCAGGCAAUAUAAGAAGGACAUUAUUUGUAAUACCGAUAUAUUGUUAUGAUGGUUAAACUUGCUUCAACCAUUUGCACUCCAUGGUACAUGGUUACCUUUCCACACUUGCCCUUUUUUAAAUCCAAAGAGACUGAUGACUGCGAGCAGUUAUUUCCUGUCACAUUGAUAUAUUGUAUUUAUAAAUCCUAUGGAAGUCUUGUGUGGGUGUAGAAAGGACACAUUUGAAAACCAGCAAAGUGUGAUGUAUGUAUAUUGGGUAGACUGCUGUUUUGUCUGAUAGUGACUGAACCACUUUCAUAAAUAACAUAGAACCAGCUCUUCUGAACCUCACAAAGGCACAUAUUAGUAUUUGUUUGUCAUGACACAAUCAACACAGAUCAGUGUCCGUGACACCUCGUUGAGCAAAUGACUAACCUGAAAUGGAAAACCACUAAGCUAUGUCUUUUCAAACUGGAAACAGUUGUGUGUGAGUGAAGUGAACCAUGAGUACCUCAUUUGGAACUGUCCCAGUUUAGCAUGUAUGUUACUUUUUUUACUCUUUAAACGCAGGCGUUGGAACAAAGAUGCAAAGCACCCCUGUGGGGUUGUUAAUGCACUGAACUGGACAGAGGAAAUGAAACUAGGCUUAUAGAUUUAACUCCACAGAGAUUCAUCUCAUAAUGUUACCACUGAAGCUGCAGGAUGUAGAGCCAUGCGAGGCCAGUAUCCCAAUAAGCAUUAUCCUUUUUUACUUAUUUAAAUAUUUAAGUAAACACUUGAGUUAUUGAUUACCACAACUAAUACUUUAGCCUCAACAUAAUAAGCCUCUCCGGUUGUGUGAUCAGGCGUGUACAGAAAAACUCACCAAAAGACAUAAAUCCCCUGUGCCUGCUGCUUUCAUAUCUCUGGAUGACAGCAUCCAGCAGUUGCACCUCCCAGUCUGCUCCAUCAGCGUGUUUCCCAUCAAAACAAGCAGAGGAGGCUGAACAUACUCUGGUCUGAUAGCCACACAUUCUCCUUCACUUCAUCCAUCCCAAUGAUUUUUGUGUUAUCUCCAUGAAGGGUCAAUUCCAUAGCAUGGCCUGCCACUGAAACAUGGAAAGGGGCUUCAGAGGUAUGUGAGGUCAGACUGGGAGUUGUCCAGGGCACAGUAUAUCUGUACGUGGAAUAAAUGAGCACAAUUUAUUACAGACAGAUAUUUUCCUUUUCUGUAUUUAUCAUGAGCAUGGCACACUCCUGGAUUCCUUAAAGCUGGACUGUUGGGUUUUGUAACCUCCCUUUCAAAACCAUUUGGCUGCAUGUUUACAAAGUGGCUCUUGUGAACCAUAAAUCUCAUUCAAAAAAUGUAGUUUUUAUUCCAAAGAGAAGUGUAUCGUGU